AUGAGUGGAAGUAAUAUGGGAUACUAUGACGUACUCGCAGGGCUUUCAGCGCUGGAAAAGUCAUCCCAGGUAGUGUUCAGUGCGACUGAGCUUCAACAGCUUACGCAACAAUCUCAUGCUACCGACAAGGGCAUAGAGGGCAGUGAGAAUAGUAAAGCGAAGGUAUCCAAGCCCAAAAGAGUAGCUGUACAUGGUUACCUAGGCGGUAAAGUGUCGCUCGCCGAUGCGGCACAGGUGGAGUAUGAAGUAGGCCAUUCACUGCUGGGCAGUUAUGUGCCACGCCAGCAGUUGGAAGCCCUGUCAAGUGUCGACUUUUCGCACCAUUUCCACCGCACAUUAGAAUGCAAAGCUGCUCUAGAGACACACGAUGUUUUUCUUGCCGGCGCAGGACAAUUGUCUCUACCCUUCCAAUCACACAUAGAGAGCCCCAGGAAUAGCGAGGCUAAAAGGAAAAGAAAAGUGAUAAUAUGCAAACGGUGUCAAUCACGAUUUAUAGGUUCCCAUAGGCGGUCUCAACUUAGAGAACAUGCCUGCGUAGAUUAA